CUAGAAUACUACCUUGUCAAGAGUGUACCAGGAAACAUUACAUCAGUUGAUAACUUUCCUGACACGGAAAAACUUUUUUACGAUCAUAAACAUUUCCGGAAUAAAGAAGACGACAUGAACAAAGACGACAUUUUUAACCCGAAGCCUGUCUUGCAAGCUCUGCCAGAAAAUGAUUCUGUAGAAAAUGGAUCAGUAAAAGUUGAGAUAACGUACUGCAAGAAUAACGAUGAGUGCGUGGAUACUAACAUUAACACUAAAUAUCUGAAAAGAAGAUUUAAGAGAAAUUUGGAUCCUGGACUAUGUGAAAUGGAAAUUUUUCUCAAUGUUUUCGAAGCAAAUAUGACCUUGUGCCUUCACUCUAGAAAAUUUAAGACUGCUGAUAUUGUGAAGGAUAAAUACAAUGGGAUCAACGUUACAGUUUUUCAGGAAGAAAAUGCAUCAGUAGAAAUACCACUCAGUACUCUUGAACUUGAGUAUAUUGUAGGGUAUGUCAGAGAGGAACCAUACAGUUCUAUUGAUGGUUACCUAAUAGAACAUCAUUUCUAUGGAGUUAUCUACGUACAGGACCAUGUUCACUACUUGGAGUCCAGCUUGAAGAAGUCAAUAGACCUCCAUGUUUAUCUAGAAGGACUUAAAUCCUUCAUCCCAGCAGGACUUAUAAAUCAAACUAAGAAUUCCUCUUGUCAGCCCAAAGUAUGUGAGUUAACGUUAGUUGCAGAUCAUUUCUUCUAUGACGAGGUUGGUAAAAGUUCCCUUCAUAAUACUGUUAUGCUUAUGCUGUGGCAUGCAAAGGAAGCAAACAGAUUUUUCACAAUGGCUGAUUUUGAUUCUGACGGUUAUAGUGAUUGCUUUGGAAUAACUGUGGGAGAACUUACAGUGUUUACUACCAAGAAUUCAACAGCUAAUCUACUGAAUGAAAACUAUUCACAACCUGAAGACUUUCUCAAAAGAUUUUCUAGAUACAACUUUGACGGGUACUGUCUUGGAGCUUUGUUCACAAGUAGAUCAUUUGUUGAUUUAGUUUUAGGAUUGGCAUGGAGGGGGACAUUAGUCCCCGAUGGGGUGGGAGGAGCCUGUCAAAGUCGAGUUCGAAUAACUUCCGAUGUAAAUCCCUAUAGUUUCAAUGCACUGUUUGUCAGCUUGAAAAGUAAACAGGACCAGAGGAUUCCGAUAAGAAUGGGAGUUUUAAACUUUGUGCACGAAAUUCUGCAUAGUCUUGGUGCUAAACAUGAUCCUGAACCAGCUGAGAGAGAAGACUGUACUCCACUAGACAAGCAUUUUAAUGGAAGAUUUCUAAUGUCUAAGUUCUCCAAUGACGGGCAUAAACUGAACCAUGCAAUAAUGUCACCAUGCACUAAGGAAUCUGUAAAUGCGGUAUUGAAAAACUCCACUAAACUAACUUGUUUGCAGUUCCCAAUGGUUGAGAAUGUUUGUGGAAACGGAUUCCUAGAAAAAGGAGAGGAAUGUGACUGUGGAACUGUCUUCAUGUGCACAGCUACAAAAUCAUGUUGCUCUGGACCCGAAGGAUACGGCUCAACACCCCCCUGUGCCAAGAGAAAUUUCCUGAAAGAGUGUGCAUCCUGAAACUGGAAACCCAAAAUAUAUGACAAAGAAAUACUAUUUUUUAACUAGAUUCAUGAAUCAAUUUUUCAACUAGAUGCAAUUGACAGCCUAAUUAUAUUUGUUUUUGUCACAUUAUUUAAAAAGAUGCAAUACUAAACACGCAUGUAUGUGUUGUCAAUAUGUGAAUAAAAAUGUGAAUGUGCAA